GAACGACUCCCGUGGGACGAACACGAAGAUGCCUCCGCGCAGCAUCAGCGUUCCUACAGGGACAUUCGCUAGCCAUGUCAAACACCUCCGCGCCCAACGACGGUCCGCCAGCACUGCCGCCUCGAAUCUUCCCACCGCAGCAGCCCUCCCCGAGAUAGCUCCCGUAUGGCGCUCGCGAACAGAACCUCUGACGCGCCUGGGACAGUCCAUUACGGGCGCGAUGGAGUGGCAGACAUCGACCUACUCGUUCAACAAACAAGCUGUCAAGCCCAUUCCCGUAGUCAGCGCAAACGUAGAGAAGCUCAUCCAUAACUAUGUCACCAUGAAGCAUGUGGACAACGAGGGCAAGGACGUGCGAGCCAUUCGGACAGCGCUCGCCUUGAGGAGGAAGAGCGCGGAAAAGGUUUACGUCUCCAAACCGAAGAUCAAGGAUUACGGCGAUCGAGUGGAGGUGAAAUGCUUCUUGUGGGAUGGGGGGGAGGCCAUUCGAGAGGAGUUGGAAAACAUGAAGCGUGGAAGCAGCAGUGGCAGUGGCGGCGGCGGUUACAGACGGAGAACGAACGACAGCGAUCUCCUCUUAGAUCCCAAGCAACAAGUUGGGUUGCGGAGUCUGAUUGCGAAAAUGUAUGGCAAGCAGGUCGAUUUGCAGAUGAUCAAGAUCAAGCGACCGCAUCUAGAUGCAGAUAUCCUGGCCGCAUACGUCGCGCAAAGACUCCGAGAUCGACGCUUCACACCACGAAGAGUGAUUCGAGACGCCACAUGGAGAGCACCUUUACCAUCCGCCCAAGCAGUCGCAAACAUCACCAACGCCAAAUUACGAGCCACUCCCCAGAAAUUCUCCUGGCAGGACUUCACAAUCGGCAACGUAUCACGAGCAAGCGCCACAGGCAUCGUAGAAAGUCUCGCCCUGAGCCAAGUCAGCAGUAUCCAAAUCGAAGCAGCAGGUCGUUUAACAAAGCGUUUGACCGCCAACCGAUCUGCCAAGAAAAUGACACGGAGAGGUACUACUAACAAAGGUCCCGCAUAUAUGCUUCGAGGCUUCCGCAAAGCACAUACCCAAUUCGCUUUUGCGGGCGGGAAGAGAAGAGUCGGUCAAUUCGGUAUCAAGGUCAGUGUGGGCCAUACAUAAGAAGAAGAGCUCCCGCCCGCCCGCCCGCCCGGCCCUGUUGUAUCUUGUGGUGCUGGGGAGGGAAUUGUGUCAUUGGUAGUAGAACGAGGUGUACAAAUAUACCAUCAUCAUAUACCUACCUACUUUACAUUAGGGACCUGUGAAGAAAAUGUCUCACUUCAUUGCCAGCGGAGAGAAUAAACUUGUAUGAUUCAAACUUGAUGAGCGUAUAGGUGCUACAACAGAUCAGACUUUGGGGGAAAAAAGUACAUGUACAUGUACAUGGAUGGAUGGUUGGAUACCAGAUAGCAGUUCUAUGUUCAACGUUGACAUGUACAAUAGACAGUAUACAAUGAAUUAAGAACUA